AUGGAGCUUGAAGCUCAUGCCGAGCUUUCUGGAGGUGGUUCGGACGAGGAUGAUGACAUCGCCCGCUUUGAACGGCAGUGUGCGAUGCGCGCUCAAGCAGAAGGCUACCUGCCGGACGAGGCCGAAGCCAACUCGGACGACGAGGAUACCCGGGUAAGGCAGAAGCAGCUGGUCAACGGCAGCGGCCCGCCUCCGGCAAAUGGCGGUGAGUGGCAGGAGAAGUGCGAGCUUCUCCAGGACAAGCUUUCUCGCCGGGAGGCGGAGCUCGCGCAGGUGAAGAACGACCUCGAGAUGCUACGAGGUGAGGGUCUCGGCCCGGAAGACCCGCAGAUUGCGCUGAAACAGAGGCUCUUGGAUCUCACGAAGAAGAAUCGCCGGCUGCAGGUGAGUGUCGAUGGCCAGAGAGUGCGGCUUCAGCAGUUGGAGGCUGAAGCCAAGCGGCCAAAGGAAGAAGCCAAGAAAUUGGCAGAGGAGAUGGCAAUGCAGAAUGCGGCGCUCCUCUAUGGUGAAGGGGGAAACGUGGAGGACAUGGCGCUG